GGAUUGGCCCCGGCCGCCCCGCCCAGCUCCGAUUGGUCCAGGAUGAGGCCCGCCCACGUAGGCCGUCGGGCCCACGGAGGCCAGAGCGUCCAGCAUGGCCGGAAUGCGUAGGCUGGAGCUGGCGGAGGCUCUACAACUGGGGCCAGGCUGGCGGCAUGCGUGCCACGCGCUGCUCUACGCGCCGGACCCAGGGCUGCUCUUCGGCCGUGUCCCGCUGCGCUACGCCGUGCUGAUGCAGAUGCGCUUUGACGGUCGCCUGGGCUUCCCUGGAGGCUUCGUGGACUUGCGGGACCACAGCCUGGAGGAUGGGUUGAACCGCGAGCUGGACGAGGAACUGGGCGAGGCCGCAGCCGCCUUCCGUGUUGAGCGCGCCGAUUACCGCAGCUCCCACGCGGGGUCCCGGCCACGCGUCGUGGUGCACUUCUACACCAAGUGUCUGACCCUGGAGCAGCUGACUGCGGUGGAGAGGGGUGCGCCGCGCGCCCGAGACCACGGGCUGGAGGUGCUGGGCCUGGUGCGGGUGCCCCUGUAUACCCUGCGGGAUGGCGUGGGAGGCCUGCCUGCCUUCCUGGAGAAUACCUUUAUUGGAAAUGCACGGGAGCAGCUGCUGGAAGCCCUCCAGAACCUGGGACUGCUGGAAGCUGGUUCUUUCGCCCGCCUUAAGAUCUCAGCUCCUCCUCCCUAGAGGCAGCCCUCCUUGGACUAGUGGCACCUUCCUGAGAUCAGGGCCUUUGUACUGGGGAGGGAGGGAGGAAAAGGGGUUGUUUUCUUUUCUGGGCCUGGGCCUGAUAGAUGAUAACAGAUUAAAAGAGAAGUGUGUGUAAUAUGUUCUGAACAGAGGGCCCCCACAGCGACUCACAGCAUCAGUGGCAAGAAUCUGCCACUCACCCCAGGGCACCCUGGCAGAUUCUCAGAACCUGCCUCUUCCCUAUACAUUUGCACACACACAGGAUGGCAGCCCCCAGACAUGCCGCAAUCUGCCCAUACAUGAGCUGAUGCCCCUCCCCCCACCCCCUGCCAAGUCCGGUUUAACCAAGAAGUGGCGUGUGUGGGGCAUAGAGUAUCAUCACACCCAUCUCCUUGCUGGGAAGGAGCUUCUGAAGCAGGGAAGGUCUUUCCUCACACUCCUCCAUGGCUGUUUCCAGGGUCCAGUCCAGCCCUGGCUGGUUGAUGAGGGCAGAGAAGCAGAUGACCCUCUUUCCCCCGAAAGUGGUUGUAUCCUUGCCUGGGGGUUGGCCAAAGGAGGAUCCCCCCAAAAGGAAGUAGAGGGUCCUAACCAAGUCCCUGCCCUCUUCUGAAACUGAGCAGAAGGGAUGAGGAAAUGGUUUGGCCUCCAUGGACCAACCUUGGAAUUGGAUCCUGGCGCAUCUCCUGCAACGCUUUCAUUUGGGACCCCUAAGCUCCAGGGGACAUCAGAAGGGAGCUGGCCAGCCCUGACAAAAAGAACCUCCCAGUAAAGAAGGGCUUGUAGCUGGACCUCAAAGCCUUUCAGUUGUUUCAGCAAAUGAGCUGUAUGAAAUAUUGGAGGUCUAAGAAUGAGAGAGAGCCUAAGACCUUGAUCUUCCAUGUGGCCAUGAAGCUCGCUUUCUUUCUUUCUUUUUCUUCCUUCCUUCCUUCCUGCCACACUUAUGGCAUGUGGAACUUCCCAGGCCAGGAAGGGAACCUGUGCCAUAGCCGCAACCCAAGCCCCUACAGUGGCAAUGUGGAUUCUUAACCCACUGUGCUACGAGAACUCCAGGAAGCUUUUUCUUAAAGAGCCAAAUAGUGAAUAUUUCAGGCUUUGUGGGCCACAGAGCAUGUAAGUAGCAAGGUCGGACACAUAAAUUGCUGGGUGUGGCUGUGUUCCAUUAAAACCAUUUAAAAAGGGAUGUGGCCAGUCUGAGGGCCACAGUUUGCCAGCCCCUGCUCUAGAGGGAAAGAUAAUUAUGAUGCUUAUUUACUUAUUUUAUUUAUGUCCAUGCUAAGAAAGGAAAUAAAGGAUUGAUACAAGUCCUA